CCAUCAAUUUCCUUUCCCCAAAACAUUUUCCCUCCUAAUUUUCUCUCCCCACAAACAACCCUUUCUUUCUUUAUUAAUAUCUUUUACAAAAAAUGGGUACUUUAGUGGGGCAUGUUGCACCGGGUUUUGCCUUCUUUGCACUUGGUUUGUGGCACCUCUUCAAUCACAUCAAGCUCCAUGCCAUAAACCCAAACUUCUACACAUCUUUCCCAUGGUUCCCCACGUCAAAAUUUAGGCACUUGGAGCUUGUUUUGAUCAUGCUUUGCUCAUCAAUCUCCAUCUCCAUGGAACUCUUCAUCGGUCCAGCGAAACACCAUCCGUUCGAUACGGACGGAACGAUCCCGUCGAACCACCUCCACAAUUUCGAGCACUCUGCUAUAUCGAUGACCUUCUUCGUCUACGCCGCGUUCGCUAUCAUCCUCGACACGACCAACAACAUACACUCCAUUGCUAAGUAUAGCCUAACGCAGCUCCUCGGAGGGGUCGCCUUUGCUCAGCAGCUGUUCUUGUUCCACCUCCACUCGGCUGACCACAUGGGAGUUGAGGGCCAAUACCAUUUGCUUCUACAAAGUGCAAUUGUUGUGUGUUUAGCCACUACCCUAAUGGGAAUAGGGUACCCUAAGAGCUUCCUAGUGAGCUUUACUAGGUCAUUAAGCAUCUUGUACCAAGGCAUAUGGCUUAUGGUCAUGGGGUACAUGCUUUGGACACCUGGGUUGAUUCCGAAAGGCUGUUUUAUCCACUUCGAAGAGGGUCACCAAGUGGUCCGAUGCUCGACAGACACGGCUCUUCAUCGAGCUAAAUCGUUGGUGAAUAUCGGAUUCAGCUGGACCUUGAUCGGCGUCACCAUUUUUGCUGUGAGUUUCUAUCUGGUUUUGGUCAAGUUCUAUGGGGGGAAAGUUGAGUAUUCCACGUUGGCACACCAUGAAGAUGAGAAAUUUGAGGUUGGUGGUGAUGGUGAUGAAUCGGAUGACGUGGAAUUACAGAAGGGUCAAAGAAAAUUACAUGACGAGUCUAAAAGCUUCAUCCAUCUGGGAAAAGGGUUUGCAGGUCUGGACAUAGAGAGAUAGGUUUACAUGUGUCAAGUUGGUGAAUUUGUGUACAAAGUUUUAGGUUUUUUUAGGGUUUGGUCUAAAUUAAGCUUUGCAAUAAUUUGGGGGCUUAAUGACACAACAAGAAAAAUGUCUUGUUUGGUUUGAAAUAUUGUUUGGUUUGAAUCCAUGGGGUUUGGGGUUAGAUGGUGAUUUCAUUGUGAUUUGUAUGUAUACAACAAAAGUUGUUU